UGUUAACCUAAAAUAAAAAUGAAUUAGAUGAAAAAAAUGUCUAGAUUUUUGAAAAAUAAAAAAUAUAUUGAAAUUUUAUGGAGUAACGAAUGAAGUAUAUGUCAUAAUGUGAUAGCUAUAACAGAUGAAACGAAUGGAAUUAAUACUUGACUAAUUUGAAAGAGAUUUUGCCGCGUUACACCACAUCGCGAUUAUUCGUUCGUGGACCGUCGUGCGCGCGCGGGCGGACGUAUUCGUUUCUAUUCGCUUUUCGCAACAAUGCAGGUGAGCGCAUACGCAUCUCCACCCGCGUGUGUCAGUUGGUCGUGAAAUUGCAAUUUGAUCGCAUAUUUUUCGAACGAAAAAAUUAAGUCUAAGUAUUCGAUUUUCUGAAUUCCAUUUUAAAACAAUAGAUAGUUUAUUGCACUGAUCGCUACUUUAUCAAGUCUCUUGACAACAACGUUUCGCGCGUUUUUUAUACAUUUAUUGUACGUUGUUCCACGAGGAAUCGUAAAUUUCGCUAGAUCUUUUAACGUUUUCGAUCGAUUACGCAAGCGAUCCCGACGGUAGAUCGUCGUGUGCAGGUCGAGGCAACGUUCGCGAAAAUCCUUGGCACACAAUAUCGAAGCUCGAGAAUCGUUUGCACGCGCGAUGCGAGCGGUAGACGAGCGACGAACAUGACGACGAUCGCUCGUCUUUUUCUAGGAAUCGUAUUUUCCUGGUUUUUUGCAAGAACAGACUGUUGCUCGGCCGUUACAUGGGAGAAAAUUGGUGGCGUUAAACCAGAAACGUUUGACUCGCAAACAAUCCUCUUUAGCACGGUCAAUUCGAACGGAAUAACGAGAUAUUGCUUCGAAAGGUGCGAGCGCAUAAAUUGCACUGCAUUCAUAGUAGACUUUGGAAAAUAUAUCUGCUACGCGAUAGAAGCAAAGGACGACGAAUUGAUACCCGAUCCGAAUUCGACGUUUUAUCAUCGAGUUUGCGUGAGAGUUCCGAUAACCUGUACACGACAUAGACUAUGGCAAGUAGAGAGAAGCCCGGGAGCGGUAUUGAUAGAUUCCAGCGCCUUACAUCUGCCCAAUCCAAUUACGAGAAAUCAGUGUUACGAAAAAUGUAUAGAGACAGGAGGAAGCUGCGAAUCCGCGCAAUUCCGAACAUCGAAACCUCUAUCAUCGAACGAAACUGUGCUCGGCCGGUGCUCUCUCUCGUUGUACGAACGUGGAACCAGACCUCGAGCGUACAGAGCCUCGAUGUACAGAGAUGAAUAUCUUCGAGAUCAAUGUCGAAACCUGUCUAAUCGCGAAUACUGUUCGUAUGCGGAAUUUCAAAAUGUUUCGUUGCCAUAUUCGGACUUCGCUUUAUCCAAUCUUGACGAGGAGCAGUGCGAGAGAAGAUGCGACGCAAGUAUGGAUGGUUUCAUUUGUCGAGCAUAUACGUUCGACAAUUCGUCCGGUAAACCAGUUUGCCUGUUACAUUCGGAAGAUACGACUAGUCUAGGGGUUAGCUCGCUGAUCGAUGCUACGAAAACGAUAUACAGAGAACGGGAAUUGUGUUUGGAUUUAAAAGUACAAUGCAAUGAUUCAACGAUGACGGUCAUGUUGAGAACGAACGAUCCUUUUUUCGGCCGAAUCUAUUCGAAUGGAUACGCAGAUACUUGCGGCGUUCAAGGUACGGGCGGUAAUCAAACGAUGUUGAUGCUACCCAUCCCAACCGCGAACAACGUUCAUCAAGGCAAACUACACUGCGGCCUGAAUCCCGCUUUUUCUGUUGACGAUCGAAAUCGAACACGGCCAUUGGUCUGGGCGACGAUAGUCGUACAAUUCAAUCCAAUCGUUCAACGACUCGGCGAUCAAGCGAUUAGGGUAGGAUGCUCGUUGAGCGAUCGAGAGCCACCAGAAGCGAAAAACAUUACCGUUCAUUCGAGUUUCAGUUUUCUCGAUCCAAACGCAGGAGUACCGCCAAUCUCUUCGACAAUAGUCAAUGUAUCCUCGCAAGUACCAAUAGUCACAAUGAGAAUUUUAGACGAGAAUAUGAGAGACGCGAUGGUUACGCAUUUAGGUCAAAAGCUCAUAUUGAAAAUUCAAUUGAGUCCACCGAACGGUCCUUAUGAUAUCACUGCCGGUCACCUUGUAGCGAGUAGCGCUUCGGGUGAUGCUUCUUAUUUGUUACUAAACGAAGUUGGAUGUCCUACGGAUUCAACCACUUUUCCAGCGCUCACGAAAGAUCCACUCGAUGGUCGUUCUUUGAUUGCAACCUUUACCGCUUUCAAAUUUCCCAACAGUCAGAUAGUCCGAUUUAAUGUAAUCGUUCGAUUUUGUUUGCAAAAAUGUACGCCGACAGUCUGCAACGGCGAUAAACUUUCCUAUGGAAAAAGAAAACGAUCUAUCGAAUCUGAGAAUACACAUUCGAUUUAUAAUGAUGAAACGACACCAAUGUUUCAAAAUGAAACACCGGAAGAGUUGCCGCUUUAUCUCUCUAUAAUUGUACAAAAUCCAGUUGCAUCUUCGGCUGAUCGUUUGUCUUCAAGAGAGAAUGUAUCUCCCGAUACCGUGUUAAUAACCGGAGAAAGUAAGUUUAAUAAAUUUCUUUAUUUUUAUUUUCAGAUAAUUCUCUUUAGAUUUCUUUUCUUCUUUUUAGAUUCUAUGGACGGAUUGCUUUGCAUCGAUGCUAGUCUUGCCUUGAGUUUAUUAAUUAUUUUACUGAUCAUUCAAAUUAUAUUUAUUGUUGGCUGUCUAGUAACUAUUGCGCAAUAUAGACGAACAGCCAUACGAGCAGAAGAAGACAGAGCCAAUAUUCUGGCUAGACAUCUCUAUGGUAUUCAUGGAGGAAAUCUUGAAAUUGCACGAAGAGUCAGAUGGGCCGAUCAUAAUGCUUCCUCCGCGUCUCAUGAUUAAUUUGCAUAACCUUUCAUCAUCUUUCAUCAUUUAUACAUACACACACUUUAGAUCGAUUUCUUAAGUUGAUACAAUUCUAUAGGUAGAAGAGGAUACAUGAAUAGAAAAGCAAUAUUUUCAAUUAAAACUUGUAUUAAAAAUGAAACAAGGACGAAAAAACAAUUAUGUAACUAUGCGUUAAAACAGUCUUCUUAAACUGGGUAUUCAUAAUUUGCAUAUUAAUAUUCUUGAUCAGCAAAACAUUCAAACAACUUAUCGUUAUCUUCCUCUUAUUUUCGUAGUCGUGCAACGUCCAUAAUGUUUUAAUGAAACAUCUGUAACAAACAAUAUUUGUUUUUUUUUUUUGAUAGAUUAACGAAAGUUUAACUUUUUUAACCUUUUCCACACAUAGAUGCACAGCUUAGUUGCCCAGGAUUUUUAUAGUCGAUUUGGUCUGUUCCACAUACAGGAUUAUAUUCGGGUGUCGUCUGAAAAUUUCAUCAUUUCUUUUUCACUAUGAAUUAUAUUGUUUAAUUUUUCAAUAUAAUCAAAAAGAAAUACUUGAUGCGAAAAAUAAUAUUUUGAAGAUAUGAAUUAUUAUAUACAUCAUUAAAUUUAUGAUAAUGAUAAUGAAUGUAUAACUAUGUAUAACUAUGAUAUCAUACUUAUAUCAACGAUAUAUGUAUGAUUAAAGGAAAAAAGAAAAAAUACUUUAUAACUUACCCGACAUGUUGCAACACAUUGAUCGAAUUGAGGAUCAACUGUAGCUGCUGUAGUAGUAGUUGUUAUAAUUGUGGAAGUUUGCCGUAAUGGUCUAUUUGCUGGUCCAUCAAAAAUAAAUCCAUCUACUUCGAAUGUGGUAGGUAGCGUUUGAAUCUCAAUAUUGUUAUCGCUCAAGUCAUUCUUAAUAUGAUCAAAUGAUAAUUAAUCGAUUUGAUUGAACAAAAUGAUUCGAAUUAAACAAUUAAAUUUUUCUUACCUGUGGAAAUGCGAUUACAUUCCUAUUCGAAGCAAUAGCUACAAUAUGCGUUUCAAUAAACUGAUCUUUUAUAUAAUGCUA